GAAUCAGUAUGCAUAUGCCCCUCCCGUGGAUUCAUCAUAGCCACGACCGUGGUGACGAUGUCUUCUUCGUCAUCUACUCUCGGGAUCUUCGGCUUAAGUCGGGGGGAACGACUUGCUCAGCGUCGCAGUAUCAGUUCUUAUAGAUCCUUCUAAUGCGAUGCUACGCACUUCGAAAUGAACCAGCAAGUCUUCCAGCAUGCACGGUUCUCGAGUCCGAUUGUUCACCAGCGCAAGCUUCUCCUCGUGAGCCGGAGGGAAUGAAGCCGGUCCAGGGCUCCCGUCUUUCUUACCUUCCUAUCUGACCGGGUUGUGUAACCCACCACCAAGUACCGAUCUGUGCCGUCCGAUGUGCCUGACUUCGGAUGUUGCUGUCUCGUUUUAUCUGACACUUGCGUUACCCACAAACGGUUUCUUCCACGUUCACCAGCUACGCAGGAGUACAGACUACGCCAAUCAAGCCGCGUUCAAACAAAGCCUUGUUCCUGGUGGCUGGUUACCUGGCAAUAAAACAGGUCCUGGGCCCUGUGGAAGCUAAUGUUCCGCGUGUCACUCCAAGUCGAGACGCCGCCAUGCUUUUGAACGAAACAGUGGAUUUCAUUCUCACUUGAGCGGUCUGGAGCAAGGCUCUUUCUUGAUCCUCUCCAAGAAGUAGUCGCUGGUGGACAACUUGGGGAUGGUUGACUGAGGCACAGCACUUUGCGUCAAUCAGUCGGACAGCCCCUUAGAUUUCUGCAACCCGACGCAACCUACCUUAUUUUCGCACUUGUCUGUUUGCAUGACACCUUUGCCGCAGAGACGCAGCGGAGAUCGUGAGGAAAUCGUCCAAGAGCCCAUCGUUCAUCCCGAAGCGCCGCAGCCGGGGCCCCUCUGCUCAGCACAGCACCCGUGGCACCCGGACCGGCAGUGUGUAAUCUGACAUAUGUCCAUACUUGAACGGACCUGCUUCUACAUUGUUCGUUGACAGCCACAUUUACACAACUAUUUGUUCCUGACCCACAUGCUUCCGCCUCGUUCUGGUGUGUCACUUCAAACUUGGCGAUGAGGAUAUUGGGCAUAUCUUGAGACUUCAAGAUGGCGGCAGAGGAUCCCCAUGCUCCGGAGAACGAGAUUGACAGCCUGACCCCUCUACCGCUGGAUCACCGUCGAGGUCUCUGGGGUGUUUCCGUCCUGGCCAGCCUGUCGUUUGUUUCUUCUACGGUUCUCCUCGUGUAUCUCACCGUCAAGCUCGUGCGAUGGCACCUCAAGCAAUGGAGAUUGGGACGGCAACAGUCUACAGACGCUCAGGCACCUUCGUCGAUCGAUCUCACGCUUGGGCUUGCAGAGCGACAUUUCUUUCCACCGUGCAGGAGGAACAACAGCCGCGGCAGAGAGAAUGCCGAGUCGACACCACGCAAGAAGGCCUACCCAAACCAGUUCCUCGUCUUGGUUUAUAACCUGCUCCUGGCCGAUAUCCACCAAGCCAGCGCUUUUUUGCUGAACGCAGUCUGGUUAGGAAGAGAUGGUAUCAUCGUUCACACUCCCGCGUGCUGGGCUCAGGGGUGGCUUGUUUCCACCGGCGACCUCUCGUCAAGCUGCUUCAUCACCGCCAUCGCCGUCCACACCUAUCUGGCAGUAGUCCGGAACUACACCCCUCCGCAACGCGCAGUUUACGCCACUGUUAUUGGGCUCUGGGUGUUCAACUACCUCGUGGCUGGUCUAGGGGUUAUCAUCACCAGGAACGGAGCAGACGGCGGGGGGUUGUACGUUAGAGCAGCAGCCUGGUGCUGGAUCAACAUCCACUACGAAACCCACCGCCUGGCCCUCCACUACCUAUGGAUCUUUGUCUCUCUAUUCCUCACCUCGGCGCUUUACAUUUCUGUCUUUUUAUCUCUGCGUGCAAAAUCCCACACCGAAAGUAGACUAACCCGCUCCCAGCCAAAACCCCUGCCAUCCAACCAGCAACAAAAAGCGUUUUUGCUUUACCCCCUAAUCUACAUAAUCUGCACCCUGCCCCUCGCUCUCGGGAGGAUAGCCACCAUGGCUGGGGCUCAUGUCCCAAUAUCGUAUUUUUGUACGGCGGGGGCCUUGAUUGCGAGUAAUGGGUGGUUGGAUGUGCUACUUUGGGGGGUGACGAGGCAUAGGUUGAUUUUUACCGAGGGGGGGAUAGAUUCGGAGGAGUCGGGGAUUGGGAGUUUCGGGGUGCCCGAGUUGGGGAUGGGGGGGUGGAGGGGGAGCGGGAUUAUUAGGACGCCGGUGGGGAGGAGGUUUGGGAAUCUGGUUUGGGUGCAUGCUGCUGCUGGAAAGGGGGAGGAGGGGAAGGGGGGAGGGGGAAGGGGAGGGGGAGGAAUAAGAGUGAUAGUCAGGAGACGUUGA